AUGGGGCAGAAACAUUCUGUUCUGGAGCCACCCCCUCCAGUAAACACAUUUGACAAAUUCAUCGACAAGUUUCGGUGUCACGUCAAAACCAUCACUUCAAGAGACAAAAAAUGGUUGGACGCCAUAUUUACCGAAUUCGGCUGCACCGAGUCGGCCACGUCUGCCGCGGUCUGGGACGAAUCGAGCCUGUCGCGGUUCCUCCACACCGUCGUCCCAGAGCCGCUGUGGCCCGACAUCGAAGACGCCGUUCCGCUUCUGCACCGGUGCCUUGUGCGCCUCGGCGCGUACCCGUACCACAACGUCCCACCAUACGGGCCGCUGACCGCCGACGUGGCGCUGGUGGCCAUGGGGAUCAUUCACAACCAUGAACACAGAGGGCGAUGGAGCCCCAUCUCAUGGGAUUGCGACCCCGGCGACCUGGACCAGGAGUGGGCCGCGUGGGCGUGUCGUGUAUUGUUUCAGUGCAUGUCGAUUGCCGCGGCCGGUGCGGCCGAGGAGCCCGCCGCGAGAACCGACGCCGACGACCGGGAUCUGCUUGGGGCCCACGAGACAGUCGAAAGGUGGAACUACACACGGGAUUGGGAGAGGGCCCCCAAGCGCAUCUCACGUGGCGAGCCCAUCGUCCAGGUCCGGGAUCUGCCUUCGUCGCGAUCUCAGAGCACACGCGGUAUGAUACCACAAGCCGAGUUCAGGUCGCUGGUCAAGCUGCUGCUCUGUUAUCAGCUCUGCGAGGCCGGGUACGAGCCAGGCCUGAUCCUCGACCAGGUUGAUCGAGAUCUGAGCACGGCGACCGACUGCGUACUUGCCGCAUUUUCGACCUCUGAUUCCGAACAACGUCCUGGCAUCGGGUGGGAUGCGUUCCAGGCAGGGACCAUUACAAUUGGGCCGAACCUGUUCCAAAGUCCAUGUUUUGCGUGCUUGCCCUAUUCUCCAUCCUCCAGUUUGGACGACGAACGAGGUUCAAUGCCGAGCAGUCCUUUGAGCACCAAAGACAUGAUCACAUGGACAAAGGGAGCGUUUUUGCCACCAACAUCAAGCAACAAAGGCUUACCCGAGAGGCCCAUACUGAACAAUGUGGCAACUCUGUCGCAGCUUCUAACCGUCUUCCCCACGCGGUUUGAACGCCCGCUAGAAACCGCCGUGUACAGAAUUCCAGGUGCCGACUGCGACCUCGGUGCGCUCUACCGCCAUCUGACCUUUUGGGACGAUCCCACCGUUCUUUUGAUAUCCGCAGCCAGCCUACCGGAGAGGACAGCAGCACAAAAGCCAGGCCCGAGCCCGGGGUCGUCGCUGUGUCUGGGCGCCGUCUACCCAACUCAAGAGUGGGAUCGGGAUUACUGCACCGGUACCAUGUUCCAAGUAGCCCCGUCGCCCACGAGUAUCUUGGGGCGCAAAGACGGUGGCAUCCAGGCCGAGCUGGACCUGUCGGCCUCGCAGUUGACCCUUUAGAUGGGCGAGACAGCACAGAUCUGUCUCCAGGAGGGCGGCCG